AUGGCGGAUGAAUAUGGACGUGAUUAUAAGCGCGAGGUUGACCUCUCUAGUCAGGAUGUUGACCUCGGGCAGAUACUUGCUGUUGAGUCGACGCCUGAGCAGGAGAGGAGGGUGUUGAGGAAGUUGGACGGUUAUCUCAUGCCUCUGAUGGGAGCGGCGUACUUUCUUCAAUUCCUCGACAAGUUGGCCCUCAGCCAGGCGACGCUGUUCAAUCUCAGAGAAGACUUGAACAUGCAUGGGUCAAACUACUCAUGGGCAUCAGCAGUAUUCUAUUUUGGCUAUUUUUUCUGGAGUUGGCCAAGCUCUUAUGUGAUCGUCCGGUUGCCGAUUGGACAGUACUUGGCGUGCUCAGUGUUCAUCUGGGGUGGCAUUCUCAUGUGCCAUGCGGCAUGCACCAACUGGGCCGGCUUGAUGUGCGCUCGGUUCUUCCUCGGUGUUGGCGAAGCAGCUAUCGCUCCUGGCUUUACACUGCUCACUGGCAUGUUCUACAAACGUGAGGAGCAGCCUAUUCGACAAUCUGCCUGGUUCUUCGGAAACUGCAUCGCUGUCCUAGUUGGCGGUUUGAUUGCUUACGGUAUCGGCAACAUCAGCACGACGGCAAUCGCCCACUGGAAGCUCCUGUUUCUCAUUCUCGGAGCAUUUACCUCCGCCUAUGCCAUCGUGCUGUUUUUCUUCCUCCCCAACUCGAUAGACACGACUGUCUUCCUGACCGAAAAUGAGCGCGCAAUUGCCGUCCAGCGCACGAUCAAGAACAAGACCGGUGUUUUGGAUAACGACAAGUUCAAGUGGUCGCAAGCCGUCCAGGCAUUCACGGAUCCCCAAAUGUGGUGCUUGGUAUUGAACUCGCUGACCUCGAAUCUAUGCAACGGCGGGAUUACAACUUUCACAUCGAUCAUCACAGCCGGCUUCGGCUUCACGGAUCUCAAAGCUCUGCUCAUGCAAAUGCCCCAAGGCGCUGCCCAGGUCGUCUUCCUGAUCCUGACCUCACUGGCCGUAACCUGGAUUCCACACUCUCGCGUGCUCGCUCAGAUUUUCAAUACGCUUGUUUCUGUGGUUGGUAUGCUACUGAUCUGGAAGCUGAAUCCCGACGAACAGGUCGGUCGCAUGGUUGGGUUGAGUAUCGGUAUUGUCUAUGCGGUUAAUCUGCCCAUUUCACUCAGUAUCGUCACAUCGAAUGUCGCGGGCUUUUCGAAGAAGAGUGUGGUCAGCUCGUUGUUGUUUAUUGCUUAUUGUGUUGGAAAUGUGGUUGGGCCGCAGUUCUUCCUCGCCUCGGAGGAGCCGUCUUAUCCGACUGGAAUCAAGGCUGCGAUGUCUGGACUGGUGUUAAGUAUUUUCUUCCUCGUUGUUCUCUAUUUUUACUACAUCUAUGAGAACCGUCGGCGGGAUCGUCUGUACGGCAGGCCCGAGGACAUGAAUGUUGGGGCAGAGUUGCAGGAUGAAUUGUCCAACAAGACUGACACGGAGAUUGAGAGCUUCCGGUAUAUUCUUUGA